AUGAUGGAUCUGAGCAGUAAAGACAAGUCACGUAGCGCUGCCUUCCUAACGAAGCACAAGAGUAACAUUGCUCUUUGGUCAGGUUUUCUGGUGGUUGUGUUUUUCUGCUACCACUUGUUUAGCGAUGGCGACUUUUCCUUUCUCAUGACGAUGGGGUCAUUUGUCCGCGCCUUUGGCUUCGUGUUUUUGAUCUUUAAAGCUUUUUCGCAGCGAUCGGUUGCUGGUCUAUCACUAAAGACUUUGGAGCUGUAUGCAUUUGUGUUUCUCUUCCGUCUGAGCUCUAUCCUACGCUACCAAGGAUACCUGCCAUAUGACCGCAGUGGUGACUGGCUUUACUCCUUCUUGGAGAUCAUGGCGCUCAUGCUCUGCUGUGGUGUCAUCUAUCUUGUUACUACCCGCUUCAAUUCAAGCUACGAGUUGCGCUACGAUACGUUUGGUUGGCUUCAUGUGCCUACGGAGCUCGGCGCACUCUACAUAUUGCUGCCCUGUAUUUUAAUUGGCAUGCUGAUCCACCCCAAUCUAAAUCGUAACUGGUUAUCGGACGUGUCAUGGACAAUCGCGCUGUACAUUGAGGCCUUUGCCAUCCUGCCUCAACUGUUUAUGUUCCAGAAACGCGGAGGUGGUGCAGUGGAUUCGUGCAUUUCACACUUCGUGUAUGCUCUGGCGUUUGGUAGCUUUUUGCAUCUGGUAUUCUGGUUCUCUUCGUACCAUGAGCUCGGCGAAAAAGACGCGGGUCAGCACGUUGGCUAUACAGUUAUUCUAGUUCAGAUUGGCCACAUGCUGAUGAUGGCGGAUUUCCUCUACUAUUACUUUAAGAGCAUGAAAGAAGGAGGACCCAUGAUGCUUCCUACGCACGGCGCUUACCAAGCUUAA